UGUUUCAGCGCUGAGUGAUUUGGGGGUGGACUGUGUCUAGUUGCUAACAUCAAUGUAGAAAUCGUUUUGAACGCAGGGGGAGGAGUGAGUUGGAACGGCAUCGUUUUCAUGUCGUAUUUUCAACAAUGCGCUGCACACAGAAUGGAGCCAGCUCAGCAAUAGGAAACUCUCUGAAAGCCACGCAAAACUGAGGCUAGAUCUUACCCCUGGAACUGCGAACUGACUUCCCGUCCCUCGUGGUGUACCCAGGAUCUGUACAAAUAGAAAACUCUCUCUGGUUUCUGGUGUCAGGAAUCCCAGAUGCUUCAAACACAUGGGAGUGGUCGGAGUCUGGAGCACACUGAUCGUGGAGGCAGAUAAGAUAAGUAUAUAAGCUUUGGUUCUGUUGUUAGAGAGACUCUGAAGCCUUGUGUGAUGAUAAAAACCAAAAGAACUGCGGAUGCUGUAAAUCAGGAACAAAAACAAAGUUGCUGGAAAAGCUCAGCAGGUCUGGCAGCAUCUGUGGAGGAGAAAACAGAGUUAACGUUUCGGGUCCAGUGACCGUUCCUCAGAUACCAACAGCAAGUCAGAGUCCUUGUGUGAUGAUAUUUUGGUGACUAACCACUCUGUAAGGAAUAUAUACAAAUAAUCAAUGGGCCAGAUUUCAUUCUAGGAUCUGACUUGUCUAGCAGUACCAUCCUAACAGAAAACGGGAAGGAGUUUGGUCAUAGAACUGACCCUUCUGCUCAAGAACUUCCUGCCGGUUCUGCCUUGCUGCGUGCGAAUUCAGGAUCUGGGAAGUGACUCUCUGCUUUGGCUGAUUGUGAAUUGAGACAAUGCCUCCUGCAGCCGGAGGGCCACAGGGUUACAUGCCCCCAGACGGAGGGUGGGGUUGGGCCGUGGUGCUGGCCUCCUUCAUCUCCAUCGGAUUCUCCUACGCUUUUCCCAAAGCCAUCACUGUCUUCUUUAAGGAAAUUAAGGAUAUCUUCCAUUCCACAGACAGCCAGGUGUCAUGGAUCUCCUCCAUAAUGUUGGCAGUGAUGUACGCUGGAGGUCCCAUCAGCAGUGUCCUGGUGAAUAGGUAUGGCAGUCGGCCUGUGGUACUAUUGGGUGGUCUACUGGCCAGCUCGGCAAUGAUCAUCGCCUCAUUCUGCAAGAGUAUUGUGCAGCUUUAUUUCUGUAUAGGAGUCAUCGGGGGGCUGGGACUUGCCUUCAACCUGCAGCCAGCGCUGACCAUGAUCGGGAAGUAUUUCUACAAGAAGCGCCCCUUGGCCAAUGGGCUGGCAAUGGCAGGAAGCCCAGUUGUCCUCAGCACACUGGCCCCUCUUAACCAGUAUCUCUUUGACAAUUACUCGUGGAGAGGAGGCUUCCUGAUCCUGGGGGCUAUCUUACUCAACUGCUGUGUGGCUGGAUCUCUGAUGCGUCCGAUAGGCCCUAAGUGGAGCAGUGGAUCCAAACAGCCAGUAGAUGCCAAGGGUGAGGCUGGUGUGAACUCUGAUCUUAUGACCGGCAAAGCCAAGGAAAAGGAAAAGCUCAACAUCUUCAAAACCAUUAGCAAAUACCUGGAUUUGUCGCUCUUCAAACACAGAGGUUUCCUGAUCUACCUGUCUGGCAACGUCAUUAUGUUCUUUGGAAUGUUUGCACCCCUGGUCUACUUGUCCACUUACGCCAAGCAUAUGGAAAUUGAUGAAUACAAAGCUGCCUUCCUCCUCUCCAUCCUGGCCUUUGUGGACAUGUUUGCUCGGCCAUCCAUGGGGCUUCUGGCCAACACCAAGUGGGUGAGGCCCAAGAUCCAGUACUUUUUCACCUUCUCCAUCUUCUACAAUGGCAUCUGCCACAUAAUGAUGCCGCUAGCAACUGAUUAUACCGGCCUGGUCAUCUACACCAUCUUCUUUGGGUUUGCCUUUGGUAUGCUGAGCUCUGUCCUCUUUGAGACCUUGAUGGACAUGGUCGGCGCACAGAGGUUCUCCAGUGCCGUGGGACUGGUCACCAUAGUGGAAUGCUGCCCUGUGUUGCUGGGACCUCCACUGUUGGAACAGAGUGACCAGAACUGGACACUACACUCCAGAAGAGGCCUCAUCAAUGUCCUGUACAACCUGAAAAUGACUUUCCCAACUCCUAUACUCGAAGGAUUGAGCAAUGAAGGUUUGCUGAAAGACGCGUACAAUGACUUCCGCUAUGUGUAUUUUGCGUGUGGAGCGGUGCUGAUCUUUGCGAGCAUCUUUCUGCUCAUCGGCAAUGCAAUCAAUUAUCACCUCCUUGCGAAGGAGAGGCAAGAAGAAGCAGAGAAAUCGAAACACGAGGCAACAAUUGACUUGAAUGAAACCAAACUUGAUAAUUCAUCUGUAGGGCAAAAAUGCCAAGAUGGGGCAGAGGAGCAGGACGUAGAAGUUUAAGGCUGAGAGGGGCAGUGUUUCGGUGCAUUUUAUGAUUCGCACCGGUCUUCCAUUUCACUCUAACAGACAGAUAUAUCAGGAGGGCUGCGGUGAGAGAUCAAUGGAGUGCCAAUUCCGGGGGAUAUUUACCAUGGGGCCAUAAUCAGUGUAGUCUUUGCCCCUCCCCCCAACCAACCAACUUCCAUUCAUCCCUCAUGUGCCUCCUAUCCCAUUGACCGCAACCUCCUUCACCUUGAAGUUGCCAAUGGGCCACCAUUAACCGCUGGGAGCAGCCAAAGAAAACACAUUUCACAGGGGCAUUAAAUAAUUCUGCAUUUUUAUUCUAUACUUUGCACAUUUUUAUUUGUAUUAGUGCUUAAAAAUAUUGGAGAUGGAGAUCAAUCGAUAUUUCAGUGCCCCAGGCACAAGUGAUCACAUUGAACCCUCCAGAAGCAUGUUGAAGCAGAGUCGGUGACACUAAUUUGCCACCAUUGUAAGUGGGAUGAGCAUGAGUUGGAUAAUCCUCUUGCUUUUGGGUGGACUUGGAAGGUACUGGGCCAUCCAAGGGAACAACAUGGUUGUGAUAUUUUAAGCAGCAAAAUGAGGAGAAAAUUCUUCACUCAAAGUGUUGUGGAGCUUUGCAGUUCAGUACCUCAGAGGGGUUGCGGUUCUCCAGGUCUGAUUACACAGGUGUAUUACAAGAGGUCACCUGCACAGAGAUGGGAAAAGAUUGCUGUAACAAACAAACACAUCUGGUUAGUGAAUAGAAUUCAAUCCAAUCAAGGGAAUAAUUUCUAAUUAAUUAUAAUCCUUGACCGAAUCAACUAGAACAAAAACAGAAAUUGCUGGAGAAGCUCAGCAGGUCUGUGAAGAGAAAGAAGAGUUAACAUUUCGAGUCCACUGACUUCUUCAGAACCAUAUUUCAGGGCAUGACAAUCAAUUCUCGUUUAACAUCCAGGUUUUCUUUAGUCUCCCAGGUCUAGGAUUGAAAACGUUAAUUCUGUUUCUCUCCUCACAGAUGCGGCCUGACCCGCUGAGUUUCUCCAGCAGUGUCUGUUUUUGAUUCAGAUUUCCAAAUGUUAUUUGCUUCAUUUUAGUCCUAAUUAAUUUGAGUUAGGUUUAGUGAAAGAUGUGAAUGAAUUAAUUGUGUUUCUCAAGUAUGAUGUUUUUGAUCCUCUCCCUACCGGUUAUUAAUUUCUAGAGUUCGCUGUUUGCUGUAGUGGGACUUGUACUUAAAGUCUUAGCAAUUGCUAGGCCACCACUAGAACAACCAGAUUAUAUGGAGUUUCCAGCAUGGAACCAGGCCAUUCAGCCCAACUGAUCUGUGCUGAUGUUUCUGCUCUGCAUGAUCCUUCUCCCUCACUUCAUCUCACUUGAUCAACAUUUCUGCCUAAACCUUCCUCCGUUACAUGUUUAACCAGCUUCUCAUAAAUUGUAUUCCUUCUACUCUUCCCUCCUGCACCCCACCCCAGCCAUCGAACCACGUUCUCCUAAUUCUUUUGAGUAAAGUUGUUUCUCCCGAGUUCCUUAUUAGCUUUGUUAGUGACUAUUACAUUCAUAGUCCCUAGUUUCUAUCUCCCUCACAAAUUGAAUUGUCUUCUAUAAUUUUUCCAUAUUCGGUCUUAUACAGAUACUAGAGAUGCUUCUUUGAUUUUCCUUUACAAGGUAACAGUGCCUAACAACGUCCAGCACUUUCUAAGAGGUAGCACGGUGGCUCGGUGGUUAACACUGCUGCUUCACAGCACCAGGGUCCCAGGUUCAAUUCCCUGCUGAGGCAACUAUCUGCAUGGAGCAUUAUCCCCAUGUCUGUGUGGGUUUGUGAUAAUGGGAAAUGCAGAUGCUGGAGAGUCCAAGAUAAUAAAGUGUGAAGCUGGAUGAACAAUGCAGGCCAAGCAUCAUCUCAGGAGCACAAAAGCUGACGUUUCAGGAAGGGUCUAGGCCCAAAACGUCAGCUUUUGUGCUCCUGAGAUGCUGCUGGGCCUGCUGUGUUCAUCCAGCUUCACACUUUGUUAUCUGUGUGGGUUUGCUCUGGUUUCCUCCCCUGAUUAGGGUGGAUUAGCCAUGUUAAAUUACCCAUAAUGUCCAUAGAUGUGCAGACUAGCACAUGGGUUAGCCGUGGUAAAUUCAGGAUUGUGGGUCUGGGUGGGACAGUCAGUGUGGAGUUAAUGGGCUCAGUGGUCUGCUUCUAUACAUUAGGGAUUCUAUCAUUCAUGAUUAGAAUAUCCAGUUUUGACAUCACCUUUUAAAAUCAUUUUUGUACAUUCUCCAGUGCCCCAUAUCCCUUCUGUAUUAUGAAGAUCAGAAAUGUUCACAGUUCAAGUGUGAUCUGAACUAAGGUUGUGUACAAAUUUUCCUGUUCUUAUAAAAGGCCAUAAGAUGAAUACUGUCCUGCUGGAAAUGAACCCACUGCUUGUUUUUUGUUUAUAUUUCAUUUCCUCAUUAUUGUAUUCACUGGGCUGUUUGGAAAUCUAGCUUUGAUCAAGAUCAGCAAUUGAGUAAGAGUGACUGUGAAAUAGUCAGAUUGUCAUAAAUAAUAUUCCUUUAGGGAAGGAAAUCUGCCGUCCUUACUGGAUCUGAGCCUGUGUACAACUCCAGCCCUUCAUGUGAUUAACUCAUAAACGAGCAAUGAUAAUCCGUUCUACCUAACUAUUUGUGAGUAAGGUUCAUUAGCACCUUCUGAGCAAUGGGUAAGAAAUGUCGGUGAAGCACAAUCCCUGAGUAGAGAUGUGCAGCCAGGACUGAAGGACAGAUGGGUCAGUGCAGUGCCAGGGAAGCAUCCUCAGGUGUGUCUUUCAUUAUGCUGUGCAAUAUUACAAGGAGCUUGGGCCACAUUUCCCUCUCCAUCACUCCACUCUCCCAUUUGUUGAACACGAGCUGCCUUGUGGGAUCCGGAGCUGGCGGAGUGGUGCUCCGUCUUAUCCACAGACUCAAUCUUUCAGCUCAAACUGAAAUGAUGGGUAACCAUCCUCAUCUACUGCAGGAGACAUCUGGGACUUGCAGAUUAUCUGGGAUAUCCCAAUUCCCACAUUCUGUCUGGGAUCUCCACAUUCCAAGUCUGCCGAGGAUCACCCCGUUCCCACAGUGUGCCUGGGAUCUCUCAAUUCCCACAAUAUAUCAGGAGAGACAAUGGCCUAGUGGUAUUAUCACUGGUGUGUUAAUCCAGAGACCCAAAUGUUGUUCUGGGGACCUGGGUUCAAAUCCCAUCACAGCAGAUGAUAGAAUUUGAAUUCAAUUGAUAUCUUGUUUUAAUGAUGACUGUGAAUACAAUGUCGAUUGUCAGGUAAAAACCCAUCUGGUUCAUUAAGGUCCUUUAGGGAAGGAAACUGCCAUCCUUACCUGGUCUGGUCCACAUGUGACUUCAGACCCACAGCAAUGUGGUUGACUCUUAGCUGCCCCUCUGGGGCAAUUAGGGAUGGGCAAUAAAUGCUGCCUGGCCAGCAAUGUCCCCCUUGAAUGAAUUUAAAAAAUCACCCAGCUCCCAUGGUCUGUCUGGGAAAGUGAUGUGUGACUGGAUGAUAUGCUGAACUUCAGGAAGUACUGAAUAAGGAUACUGUCGCAGGCAGCAUUCGCUGAUCUGUCCCCAAGGAACCCUUCACAGAAUCACAGACUUGUUCCAGUGCAGAAAGCCAUCCUGCCUGUACUGGUAUACACCCUCAUUUCCACUGUAGAGCCCAGUGUAUCCAUCAACAAGGGGCAGUGUUGUGGCAGCUACAGGCUAACAGCUGAUUGGAUACUCUCCAGACUUCUAUAUGCUCCUGAGGGGUGUACAUUAACUACCUCUUUCUUGGAAUCCAAACAGUUCCUUUGAGGAUGUCGAUUUAGUGUUGAACAAGUCAUUUUGACAAUCAAUUGUACUAUCUGUCCAAUAUUUCAGAGUGUGACAAUCAAUGUAGAUUUAUUUUUUGUUCUUGCCUUUAUAAAGCAGAAAUUGAAAUGUAAAAAUGAUGAAAGUGAUGUUGAAUUUGUGUCAAGUAUUGGAGAUGCCAUUAAAUUAAUAGAGUGUGCAA